AGCUAUCAUCUUUAGCUUAUUUAUCUGAAAACUUGAGCCUAAUAUGUCUUCAAGUCCAUCUCCAGCUCCAAUAUAUAAACCACCAAGUUGGAAUCCGUUAGUGGUUUCUCUGGUUGCUCUUACUUGUACCAUCUUCCUCUUGUUUAGUUACUACAAUUAUUUAAAGAAACUCUGCUGCUGCGCGUUUAAUAGGGGAAACUCUAGAAACCCGGAUCAAAGACAGCUACUAAAUGAGGCCAAUUUUGAUGAUCCUUCUCUACAGUUUAACAGUCAUGGGCUGGAAUCAUCCAUCAUACACUCUCUUCCUAUCACUCAGUUCAAGAAGAAUAUUAAUAAAGAAGAAGAAGAAGAACUGCAACCAAGAAACUCUGAGUGUGGAGUUUGUUUGGGUGAAUUUGAAGAAGGGGAAUGGCUAAAACAUCUACCAAACUGCAGUCAUGCAUUUCACAUUCCUUGCAUUGACACUUGGUUUCAUUCUCACUCAAAUUGCCCACUCUGCAGAUCACAAGCAUUUGAUCUUACUAUUCCACAUGAAUGUUCAGUGUCUAUGUAUACAUUACUAGAGAAUUUAAGGAGGGAAGAUUUUUUUCAUGAAAGAGCAACGCAUUAUCAAAUUCUGCGCACUGCAGUGCUACAGAGCCGGGGGACUUAGAUAUGAAUCUACAGGUAAUAGCUGAUUUCUUUUCAUCAAACCGGUUUUUGAGUAAGGGAUGCUUGUAGAAUUA